GCGCGCUUUACAUGCAGCAGUGCCAUGUAGAAGCUGAUCCAGGUGGCAUAAAUUUUUAGUUGUUUGUUUUUCUCUAGCUAGUUGUCUCUCUUUCUUUCCUGCGGAGUCUUCUCCCUCCUCCUCCUCCUCCUCCUACAGGCUGCAGCUAGCCAUGAAUUGGCAGAGUCUUCUUGCUGCUGCAGCCAUUAACAUAGGCUUGGCAGUGAUAGUUCUCUCGCUCUUCUCCAUCUUCAAGAAGCAGCCCUCAAAUGCCUCCAUUUACUACGCUCAGCGUCUUGCCAAACGCCACCGCCUUCUCUUUCAUCAUUCUCUCACCUUAUCCCGAUUUCUUCCUUCCGUCUCCUGGAUCCCUCGCGCUUUUCGCGUCACUGAAGAUGAAAUUCUCCAAACCAGCGGUCUCGACGCCUUCGUCGUUUUCAGACUCUUCAAGUUCGGUAUGAAAUUCUUUUCUGUUUGCUCCCUUGUUGGAUUGGUGGUACUCGUCCCAAUUAAUUACAAUGGACAGGGUGGAGAAUCUACAAGCCACCAUUGCAUGGAUGCUUAUACAAUAUCAAACAUCGAAAGAGGUUCAAACUGGCUUUGGGUGCACUUUGUCUGCUUGUGGUUGAUAUCAAUGUAUGCACUGUACCUAUUGUAUAAGGAAUAUGACAAAAUAUUGGUUAAAAGGAUUCAACAACUACAGAAUCUGCGCCACCGUCCUGAUCAAUUUACCACUCUAGUUAGGCAAAUUCCAUUCUGCUCUGAACACAAGGCUCGUGGAUGUUCUGUUGAGCACUUCUUUUCUAAACAUUACCCACACAGUUAUCAUUCUUAUCAAAUGUUAUAUGAUGGAAAACAUAUUAGAGAUCUGGUGAACCAAGCUAAAUAUAUUGAAAAAAAGAUAGAGGAUUUGAGAGAGAAGUGUGCAGUCAAGCAACAAUGCCAAGAUGAUUUUCUGAAACUAGCCCUUCUUGACAAAAAGCGUCAUGAACUCCAUCAUGAGAUUCGUCAAUUACAGAGUGAAGAUAUGCUCAAAGAGAAGGAGUUGCCUGUUGCCUUUGUUAAAUUCAGAUCAAGGUGGGCUGCUUCUCUAGCUGCUCAAAGUCAGCAGCACUCAAAUCCACUUCUGUGGAUCACUGAAAUGGCUCCAGAACCCAAGGACGUUUCAUGGAGGAAUCUUGCAAUUCCUUACAAAUUUUUGUUUCUUCACAAAAUUGGAGUCAUUGUUGCAGCAUCACUUCUCACAAUUUUCUUUGCAAUCCCAGUCACAGCUGUUCAAGGGAUUGCCAAAUUUGAGAAACUAAAGAAAUGGUUCCCUCCAGCCAUGGCCAUACAAUUGAUACCAGGAUUAUCCUCUGUUGUAACAGGGUUCCUUCCGAGUGCCAUUCUUAAAGGAUUUCUGUACGUCGUUCCAUUUGCUAUGCUUGCAAUGGCUAAAGCAGGUGGUUCAAUCUCAAAUAGCAGAGCAGAGAUCAAAGCUUGCAAUAUGGUUUUCUAUUUUCUCAUGGGAAAUGUAUUCUUUCUGAGCAUGAUAUCUGGAUCUUUGUUUGAUGAAAUUGGCGAAUCUUUUACUCAUCCUAAGGAUUUUCCUACUCAUCUAGCUGAUGCUGUCUCUGCUCAAGCAGAUUUUUUUAUGACAUACAUCUUGGCAGACGGGCUUUCAGGAUUUUCUGUCGAAAUUCUUCAGCCUGGCUUAUUGUUAUGGGAUUUUCUGAAGAUGCAUACAUAUGGCCGAGGAAAGGAGAAAAAUCCCUAUCUUUUUUCACUGCCUUACUUUAGAAUCAUCCCAAUGGUUUCUCUGUCCAUACUGAUUGGUAUGGUCUAUGCUGUCAUUGCUCCAUUGCUUCUUCCAUUUCUUGUUGGCUAUUUUCUCCUGGGCUAUGUUGUGUAUAUCAAUCAGAUACAGGAUGUCUAUGACACUGUCUAUGACACAUUUGGCAAAUACUGACCAUUUAUUCAUCAUUAUGUGUUUGUUGCGAUUGUUCUGAUGCAAAUCACUAUGAUUGGUGUCUUUGGACUGAAGAAAAAGCCUGCUAGUUCCAUAUCAACCAUUCCACUCUUAUUGGUCACUAUCACGUUCAAUGAGUACUGUAAGAAGCGCUUUCUUCCUACAUUUCAGCAAUUCUCCAUCCAGAAUGCGGUUGAAAAUGAUGAACUUGAUGAUGUAAACGGUGAGAAGGAAGCGAAAUGUGAAGAUGCUUUGUAUGCCUAUCGCCAUCCCUUCUUGCAGCCUGUGAGUUUCACUGGAGCAGAACCUGCGUCAAGCUUUACAGAGCCACUGAUCUCUUCAUUAUGAUUUUUGUAGCCAGUUCUACACCAUGAUUGGUCAAGCUUACUCUUCCCCCUAUAGUUUUUCCCUUUUCUUCUCAAUUUUGACUUGUCUUCUAAAAUUUGAUGAUUCUUUUUUGUUGAAUUUACGCUCUUUCUUGUAUCCAAAUCCAACAUGCAAUCAUUCUAAUAUAUAUUUAGUUGGUGU